CAGAAAUAAGCAGCGUUCAUCAAAACAUCUCGAUGCCUAACAGGACAGUUUUAUCCACGGGACGUGCCUUGACCAACAUGUUUAGUUUUCAGGAAAACAGGUAAUAAAAGGUCAUCAAUAGAUGGGACAUGUGCUAAAUGGAAACAACUACCUUUCACAGCCAAGAAUACAGGGUACCACUUUUCUCAUCAGCUCUUCGUCUGAUUUGCCUAUUGAUGAUGUCAAUAAUAAGCUUUCUUUUUUGCAGUGAAAGGGUUAAACGGUGUUUUGGUGCUUGUUCGGGUAGCCUGCAGGGUCAGAUUUGAUAUUAAACUUGUUGGUCUUUGUGUUUAAUCAGCAUGCUUAGCGCAAUAGUCACUAAUCUUGAGGGGGAAGAAAUCGCCUAAUUCAAUGGCAUUAGAUGCCAUGUAAUAGGGUUGUAAAUACCGCUACCUAAUCUCAUUGCACUAUUAAAAGUGGCGAAGUGCAUCGAGGUCCUCACUCCGGCAACUCUUCGGACUGGCCAGACGUCCUCCCGCUGACUGUAGACCUAGUUUUACGCGCCACCUGUUGCUGCAGUCGCGCACAUCAGAACCAAGGGAAAGUCGGCGGAACUUGUCCUGUUUUGACCAUUCUCACUUUUCCUCAUCGCGCUUCGACACUUUGCACUUGGACAUGUGGUGGAUGCUGUACCCACGAUGGAUUUGGUUUCUGGUCGGACAUCUCUGCUUCUUGCGGCUGGACUCGCUUGUCAGGGCGAUGGCGGUGCCAAAACUGGUCUACUCACAUGCGGGAAUGUGUCCCAAUGAGAUGAAUCCCAACCUGUGGGUGGAUGCCAUGAGUACCUGCGAGAGGGAGUGCGAGUCUGAUCGGGAUUGUGAAACGUUUGAGAAAUGCUGCAACAAUGUUUGCGGACUCAAGAGCUGUGUCGCGUCUCGGUACUACGACAUAAAAGGCAAGAAGGGGCCCGUGGGCAUGCCGAAGGAGGCCACUUGCAAGGAGUUCAUGUGCAGCCAGCAGGGCUCCGAGUGCGACAUCUGGGACGGCCAGCCCGUCUGCAAGUGCCGCGACCGCUGCGAGAGGGAGCCCCACUUCACCUGCGCCUCCGACGGCAUGACCUACUACAACAAGUGCUACAUGGACGCCGAAGCCUGCUCCAAGGCCAUCACCAUCACCGAGGUCUCCUGCCGCUACCAGCUGCCCUGGUUCAACACCAGCCCCUUGCCCGAGGAGACCACGCUCAACCCCACGACAGCCCAGUUGACCACCCCCAUGGAUCUCCAGCUGCCCACCAUGACCAACAAGCCCAUCCACCAGUCGGUGUUCGUCGGGGAGACGGCCAGUUUCCUGUGCGAGGUGGUGGGCCGGCCCAAGCCCGAGAUCACCUGGGAGAAGCAGCUGGUGGGCCGUGAUAACCUGGUGAUGCGGCCCAAUCAUGUGCAGGGCAACGUGGUGGUUACCAACAUCGGGCAGCUGGUCAUAUACAACGCCCAGCUGCAGGACGCCGGCAUCUACACCUGCACCGCCAGGAAUAUCGGCGGCUCGCUGCAGGCCCACUUCCCCCUGUCUGUGGUGAAGCGCGAGCGGGUGGCCGGGGGGGUCGACGGCCAGACGAAGGGCAACAGCUCCAGCAGCAGCGGUGGCGGAGGUGGCAGCGGUGGUCGUCUCCCUGCAGAGGAGUGCCUGAAGGCUCCAGACCUGGGCAACUGCGGCGAGGAGAGCAUCAGCUGGUACUACGAGGCCAAGAGGAACAACUGCUUCAGCUUCACCUACAGCCAGUGCAACAAGAACCGCAACCAUUUCGACAGCUACCAGGCAUGCAUGCUCUCCUGUGGGGCUGAGCUCUCGGCACCGUGCUCUCUGCCCCCCAACCAGGGCCCCUGCAAGGCCUAUGAGCCACGCUGGGCGUACAACCAGGCCACCAAGCAGUGCCAGUCCUUCGUCUUCGGCGGAUGCGGGGGCAACGAGAACAACUUUGACAGCCGGGAGGCCUGCGAGGAAGCCUGCCCCUACCCCAAGGGCAACCACUGCAAGGGCUGCAAGCCCAAGCAGAAGAUGGUGCCCAGUUUCUGCCGAGCGGACUUUGUGAUCCUGGGCCGCGUGACGGAGCUGACGGAGGACCAGGACUCGGGUCACGCGCUGGUGACGGUGGAGGAGAUCCUGAAGGACGAGAAGAUGGGCCUCAAGUUCUUCGGCAAGGAGCCUCUGGAGGUGACCCUGCUCAACGUGGACUGGAGCUGCCCCUGCCCCAACGUCACGCGCGGCACCUCCGAGCAGCAGCUGGUCGUCAUGGGCGACGUGCACAACGGCAUGGCCGUGCUGCAGCCCGACAGCUACGUCAGCGCCUCCUCGGCGCGGCGCGUGCGCAAACUGCGGGAGAUCAUCAGCAAGAAGACCUGUGACGUGCUGAAGGACUUUUAGCAGCGCCCAGAUGUGAGGUGUGUGUGUGUGUGUGUGUGUGUGUGUGUGUG